AAGAGACUCACACCGCAUCUACAACCGUAAGCCUCAAGCACCAAGACCGAUUUCAGUCUCCUAGAGAAGUAGAAGUCGUCAUUAUGUCGGGUUCUCCUCAAAUACACCGUGCAAGCACCACUGCUCCCGUCAACAUCGCUGUGAUCAAGUACUGGGGCAAGCGAGACGUAGCUCUGAACUUGCCAACGAACUCGUCGCUAUCUGUCACACUCUCACAAAAGUCUCUGCGGACACAUACGACCGCCUCGUGUUCCGAGUCCUUCUCUGGGCCCGACUCACUCAUUCUCAAUGGAGAAAAGGAGGACAUCGAGUCGUCGAAACGUACACAAGCUUGCCUGAAACGUCUCCGGUCUUUGCGAGAGCAAGUGGAGGCAAACAAUGGAUCUCUCCCGAAGCUCUCCAAGCUGACUCUACGGCUCGUCUCUGCGAACAACUUUCCCACAGCUGCUGGGCUGGCUUCGUCGGCCGCAGGCUUCGCAGCAUUGGUCAGAGCUAUUGCCAAUCUCUACGAACUACCCCAAUCGCCCGAAGAACUUUCUCUUAUCGCGCGACAAGGCUCUGGCUCGGCCUGCAGAAGUCUAAUGGGAGGGUACGUCGCUUGGAGAGCUGGGACGAAACAGGACGGAAGUGACAGCAUAGCUCAAGAAGUAGCACCCAUGUCUCAUUGGCCGGAAAUGAGAGCUCUGAUAUUGGUCGUGAGCGCAGAGAAGAAAGGCGUACCUUCAACGGCAGGGAUGCAGACUACAGUCGAGACAUCCACACUCGCGCCGGCACGGUUUAACGACAUUGUGCCGAGACGGAUGAAGGAGAUCGAGAAGGCUAUCCAAGAGAAGGAUUUUGAGACGUUUGCCCAAAUCACCAUGCAAGAUUCGAAUUCGUUCCAUGCCAUCUGUAUGGACUCAUGGCCUCCGAUCCAUUACCUGAACGAUGUGUCUCGAGCGGCGAUGAACGGUGUAGAGACUGCCAAUCGCAAGGCCGGAAAGUUGGUUGCUGCCUACACUUUUGAUGCCGGUCCGAACGCGGUAAUCUACUACCUUGAGGAGCAUACCCAUCAGGUCGCUGGAGUCUUCAAGUGUGUCCUGCCGAGGUUGCCUGGCUGGGAAGGCGAGUUUGGCGAGGCUAUCAAAAUGAACGAGUAUGGCAGUCUGGAACAGAAGACGCUGAUGACGCUGAAGGCGGGUGUCAGUCGCGUCAUCUGCACAGGCGUUGGCGGAGGGCCGGAGAGGACUGAACAGCAUUUGGUGGAUGAGAAAGGUAAUGCCGUGCCUGUGGAUCAAUGAUGAUGACCACCGCCAUCCGCAUGUGAGAUGGAGUGGUCACAGUGGUGUUAUGAGUUCCUGAUCAAGGCAAUCACGUGAAGUAAGCUCUCUCUGUGGACUUGGAACAGGUGGAAAAGGAAGUGAACCCACCAGGUACAUCCUUUCUUCCUGUGUCGUGGCUUGGAUGUCAUCUUCAGCGUCUCAAUAACUAGAAUGCGUUUCAUGCGUUCAUACCCAUCUGAUCACUCCAUGGGUUAUUGCUUCAUAUGUAGCGCAACAGUGCGAGUCACAUACGAAUGUACUCCAGACCUGAGAGAGAAUAGUGGCGUGUUGGCAUCUCAGGCCACCCAACAGAUGCCCUGAAUCACAC